AUGCAAGAUAGCACACAUGUAUCCGACAACAGAUGCGAGCAAGAUAAUCCCAAUGGCGAUAAGAGAAACGACCACGGAAGUUCGUUUGGGACCCACAACUCCAACGAUAGCUCAUUAAUAGAAGAUGAAUUGGGAACUUCUUCCGACCAUCAACUGCUAGACGUGUUGGUGGCAAAAGGUCAAAUACCUGUCAUUGUUGAAAGAGAUGGUACUACAUGUACUAGUAAUUCUGGAAGCCACAAACAGACCAAUGCAAAAACGUUACAGGGACAAAAAGGGCCUUUAUCGAAUGAAACGGCUCCGGCCGCACUGUCCCAAGAAAUUAACGAGCAUAUUAAUAGUACGGGUAGCCGUGGAGAUAUCCCUGAGGACAUGCCGGCCACUACGCUGCAUAGAAACAGACUUGUGCAGUCUGUUCCUGGUGCCUUUGCUGCUAUGCCAGGUCAAACCAGCGGCCAAAAUCAACCGCUUCCUCGUGCGCAAUUCUCAAAUCUGGGGAUCCAAACAGAAUCAGCGGCAAACACAUCCAACCAUACCAAUCACGUGGGGCUAUCAGAGGCCAUACCUGUCAGUGACGACAGCGACAACGACCUACAAGGUGCUAGGCCUGUUGAUACAGCAGCUCAGGACUUGAGAAGAAAGCAGGGCAAGAAGAAAAUGCUUGGCUAUUUCAUCCUUUCCCUAUUCCUUCUUUCUAUCAUCCUAGCUGCUGUGAUCCCCGCUUUUGUGGCAGCAAAGAACGACAAGGUAACUCAAGUCCCCCCUGCACAUUUUGCUGUGCCCACCUCAUCUCCUUCUAAGGCUCCAACGGAUGCCCCUACAACAGCACCAACAGCCAUUAUAGAAGGUCUGCUUCCGACCACUACCAUUCUUGCUAUUGAACAACCAUUGUCACCACAAAACAAAGCUUUCAUCUGGUUACAGGAAUACCCAAGUCUUUUUAAUAUAUCUGAUUGGCGAAGACUGCAGCUGUUUGCUUUGGCAACCUUCUACUACAGCUUUCACGGUGAAGAAUGGCCCCAUAUUCUACAAGAUGACUGGCUCGUCUAUCACAAAUUGGAAUGUGACUGGUAUUCUGACAUCUUUGCGAGUCUCACAUUUAUUAUGUAUGCAACAGGGGAUCGGCAACUCAUCAUGAGACGCCGAGAUACAAACGAAAGCUCGUGCAACGAGAGGGGAGCAUUCACAAGAUUGAGUCUGUCUAUCCCGUCCUUUUCCAUGGUGGGAUCCAAGCAUGCUCCAAUGCCACCGGAGGUUGCAUUAUUGACCGAUUUGGAGGAAAUCAGCAUGGGAUCAAUGGGUAUCAAUGGUCCACUUGAAUCUGGUAUAAUACCAGCGCUGCGACAGCUCACCAACCUCAAAACCUUGUCAUUUAACAGUUGCAAUUUCACUGGUCCUCUGUCAACUACAUUUCUUCAGAACCUACCAAUUCGUACACUUGAAGAGCUAGCCAUCACCGCAUCAGACGAUCUUUAUGGGACCAUUCCUAGUGAACUGGCAAGUUUGACAAGUCUAAGGAAAUUGAAAAUUGCUUCUUUGCCAAGACUUUCAGGAACAAUUCCAACCGAGCUGGGAAGUCUUUCCGAACUCAAACAGCUUUCCCUUGGAAACAAUGAUGAACUCAAUGGAACUCUGCCAACUCACCUUUAUGAGCUCACUCAUCUUGAAGACUUGCAUGUGUCGAGGACAAGGUUGAGUGGGACAAUUUCCUCACUGGUGGCUCAACUAACCAGCCUCACAAGUCUGUCUGCCAGUGACACUCAACUCUCUGGAUCCAUUCCUACAGAAUUGGGCCAUCUGUCCAAGCUACGCUCACUUGACUUAUGGUACAGUGGCUUGACCGGGAACCUACCAGCACUGAAUCAGCUGUCUCAAUUGACCAGGCUGAUGCUUGAGAACAAUAAUUUGACGGGGACAAUCACACCAACCUUCAUCAGCCCAAAAUGGCCCAGCAGCCUUACAUCCUUGCGGCUUCACGACAAUCGUCUUUCUGGUAGCCUCCCCACCAAUAUCUGGUCACUUUCCAGUCUUCGAUCGCUCGAUCUGUCCAACAAUUAUGGGCUACAAGGAUCAAUCUCUAUCGCAGUUGACACGUUUUGUGGAUUUAUCUUGGCUGUAUCUGAGCCACAAUUCUUUCUCUGGCACCAUCCCUUUUGGCAGCUUUCAAAAUACAACUUUUUUGCGGAAUCUCGAGUUUGA